AUGUGCACCGCCAAGGGGCUCCGCUUGUUCUGCCCCGAAUGCAGUAAUCCUCAGGGGCAUGAUCUGCCCACUGGCAGCGUCGUGUGGCACAACGAAGAACGGAAAUGCCCCGACUGCCAAAAGUGGGGGUUUGUUGCCUUGGAAGGGCCUAACCCUAACCUUACUGGUUCGGAGGAUGAUGUGAGUGAUUCGGAGGAGGAGGAGGAGGAGGAGAAGGAGGAUGACGAUCAUGACAGCGGUGUCGAGAUGGAGGACGACUCUGAGGAUGAAGCCGAGAAUGACGACUCGGAUGAUAGUGAGGAGGACUCGGAUGAGGAGUACGACUGGGAGCUGGUACAUGCUUCCAGUUCUAGCAUUGGUUGGUUCAUCUACAAACUUGAGGCCUUUGUGGCUAGCCAAAAAAACCAGGAACCACCACACCUCUAUCAGAAUGUGCACAGAGCGUAUUCGUCAACAAUGCGGACCGGGAUUGUCGUCGAAAAUCCGAGGAACGGGGCUUCUACCAAGUUUCCAUACGCCUUCGGUGCUCCUGCAGCCGCUGGCUUCAGGUUGGCCAAAUGGUAG